CUGUGGGAGCGGGACGCUCGCCCCGGGACAGCCGCCCCUCGUCUCGAGAUCCCUGCGCCCUCCCAGUUUCUGUCACGCGUGUCCUUGCGACUGACCACCUGAGGUCCGGGGCCAUCUGGUCCUCUGCAGUCCCGGUCCCCCGAAGGUGACCAUGCCGGGGUCCGCGCAGCAGCUGGCGGAGGAGCUGGAGAUCUUCGGCCUGGACUGCGGGCAGGCCGUGCUCGAGAAAUUGGCCGAACUGUGCGUCCUGUAUAGACAGAAUGAGGAGGAGAUGGCAGGCGAGCUUGUGGCCUUCGUCAGCACGCGUAAAGUGGACCUCACUCCCGAGACGCUGAGCUCCUUUGAGCACGAGUUUCUCAGCAAGCAACUGUCCAAAGGCCGGCCCGGUGCCUCCCGGGAGAAUGAGCAUGCGGGGACUCGAGACAUUAUUUCCAUCCAGGAGCUAAUUGAAGUCGAGGAAGAAGAAGAGACCCUCUUGAACUCUUACACCACCCCCUCUAAGGGUUCUCAGAAGCGAGCUAUCGCCACCCCAGAAACCCCCCUGACGAAAAGGAACGCGUCCACACGCAGCCCCCGUCAGCUCCUCUCACCAUCCAGCUUCUCUCCCAGUGCUACCCCCUCUCAGAAGUACAGCUCGAGGGGUCACCGAGGGGAAGUGGUGACCUUCUUCGGUGAGCCGCAGGGUGUGUCUUGGUCCGGGCGAGGAGGGGCUGGGAGCAUCAGCCUGCAGGUCCUGGGGUGCCCAGAGCCCCUGACCAAGAGCUACAAGUUCAUGUUUCAGAAGCUCGCGGAUGUCCGAGAAGUUCUGACCUGUAGGAUAGAGGAACUUGGCAGUGAACUCAAGGAGCACUAUAAGAUUGAGGCAUUCACUUCCAUUCAAGCCCCGGCACAAGAGCCCGUGACGAUGCUGGGCCGGAUCGGCUGUGAUAGCAACGGAAAGCUGAACAGCAAGUCCGUGAUUCUCGAGGGAGACCGGGAGCACUCCUCGGGCGCCCAGAUCCCAGUGGACCUAUCCGAGCUCAAGGAAUACUCCCUGUUCCCUGGACAGGUUGUCAUCAUGGAAGGAUUCAAUGCCACGGGCAGAAAGCUCAUUGCCACCAAGCUCUACGAGGUACCCCGCCAGCCCCUUCCCGACUCCCCCCGCAGGAUGAGCAGCCCCGGCUGUCGCACCAAGCGGCCCGUGGCUUCCCGUAACCGAGUCCUCUGCCACCGGGGCAGCCCCAUCAGCACUGCAGCUGGGCCCCCGGCCCGGGCCGUGGGGCCCAACGACCUGCCUCCGGUUUUAAAGGCAGGCCCCCUCCCCUCCAACAACCCCCCCAAAAAGAAGGAAGGGAAGCCGGGGGCCAGUGAUCUUAUUCCUCCUCCGCUCCCCGAGUUGUGCGGCAAGGAGGCUCUCCGUAAAUUGACUCUGGGCAUCUGGGGUCUGUCUCCCCUACCGUCCCAGCGUCUGCCACCAUCCAGCCCAGACCUCGCCCUCCUUCCCAUCACAGAUCUCGAGCAAAUAAUGGUUCUGCUGGCCUGCGGACCCUACACCACCUCGGACAGCAUCACAUAUGAACCCCUGCUGGACCUGCUCGCCGUCAUCAACCGAGACCGGCCCGAUGUCUGCAUCCUGUUUGGACCCUUCCUGGAUGCCAAGCACGAACAGGUGGAGAGCUGCCUGCUCACCAGUCCGUUUGAAGACGUUUUCAAGCAGUGCCUGGGCACCGUUAUCGAAGGGACGAAAAGCUCCGGCUCCCACCUCGUCAUCGUCCCGUCCGUGAGAGACGUGCACCACGAGCCGGUGUACCCACAGCCGCCUUUCAGCUACGCCAACCUGUCCAAAGAGGACAAGAAGCGCGUGCACUUUGUGUCCGAGCCCUGCAGUGUCUCCGUAAACGGGGCCGUCUUCGGCCUGACGUCCACAGACCUGCUGUUUCACAUGGGGGCGGAGGAGAUCAGCAGUUCUUCGGGAUCCCCCGACCGCUUCAGCCGCAUCCUGAAACACAUCCUGACCCAGAGGAGCUACUACCCGCUCUACCCUCCCCAGGAAGACAUGGCCAUCGACUAUGAGAAUUUCUACACCUACGCCCAGCUGCCUGUCACCCCUGACAUCCUGGUCACCCCAUCGGAACUGCGGUAUUUUGUGAAGGAUGUCCUCGGCUGCGUCUGUGUGAACCCUGGGCGCCUCACCAAAGGGCAGGUGGGGGGCACCUUCGCUCGGCUCUACCUCCGGCGGCGGCAGCCCGAGGAGGAGGCAGGGAGGCGGGGUCUGUCUGUGGCAGCCCAGGUGGUCAGGAUCUGAGGGCCAGGCCUUUGUGGUCCCCAAGGGCCACAUGCCAGGCCGCCCCCAACCCAGGAGCUGGCGAGGAGUCCAGACUUGUGGAAGAUGGUGGAGGAAAGAGAGGCCACCUGCUGUGCCAGGAGGACUGCAGGGCAGGCCCCUUGGGGAAGACCCCCUGCAGCUGGGCGCUGGCGGCUCCGGAUUAAGUGACUACACCCUAAGGCCCCCGUGGAGUUCAGGGGGAUGGGACACCCUGCUCGGUGAUUUUUCUACGCGCAUCAAACACAGAAAUAACUCUUAGAGGAAUAACAAAUAUAUUCUGAGGAUCAUCUCUC